AUGAUUGCUAAAAAGAAUCGGGAUUCUUCCAAGGUUAACAGUGAUUUACAGGGACACGACAACAGAGCCUUUUUACCAAACGCAGAUUUUUCUGCGGCAGAGCAAGGAUUGGGCAAUUAUGCAAAUAAAGAAUUUCCAAAAUCUACUAAAAAGGUAAAUGUAACUCUUUCUCUCUCUCUCUCUCUCUCUCUCUCUCUCUCUCUCUCUCUCUCUCUCUCUUUCUCUCUCUCUCUCGUUCUCUUUCUCUCUGUCUCUGUUCCAUACUUCUCUCUCUCUCUCUCUCUCUCUCUCUCUCUCUCUCUCUCUCUAUCUCUCUCUCUCUCUCUCUCUCUCUCUCUCUGGGUUUCAUUAUCCCCCUUUCUCUUUCUUUGUUUCAGUGCCCCCUAUCUCUCUCUCUUUCUGUUUCAUUGCCCAUCUCCCUCUUUCAAAUUUGCACUCUUUCGAACUCCCUCUCUCUCUCUCUCUCUCUCUUUUGUUCUUUGUCUUCCGCUCGCUCUCUCUUUAUCACAAUCAAUGUUACUUUCAAUCUUUCUUUUUCAAUGCCCUCUCUUUCUCUGCUUCAAUGCCUUCUCUCUCUCUCUCUCUCUCUCUCUCUCUCUUUUCUCUCUCUCUCUCUCUCUCUCUCUUUCUGAUUCAUUGCCUCUCUUCCUCUCUCAAAUUUCCUCUUUCUCUUUCAAACCUUCCCCACUUUUAUCUCUUUCACUCUUUCUCUCUCUCUCUCUCUCUCUCUCUCUCUCUCUCUCUCUUUCUGAUUUUCUAUACAAUCUUCAUCUUUUCUUUUCUUUUCUUCCUCUCCAGAUACAUUCACCAUCUCAUUCCACAAGCCCUAAUGACAAAUCCUGGAAUUCUUUGCCCAAGGUCCAAUUUGCUGGACUUAAUCUCGCGAGGCAUGGAUCAUACGCCUCCCUGGAUAAUACCAUCAAUUCUCAGGAUCCCGAGAUUAUCAGCGUAAAUCUACAGAGCCAAGAUUUUAUUGGUCUGGGUUUCAAUAUAUCUGGCAGCAUGAGGGACGGAAUUUUUGUCAGUGAAGUUCACAACCGAGGCCCCGCCGUUGAGUCUGGAGUUUUAAAAGUCGGGGAUCGUAUUUUGAAUGUGACCAUUUCUUUUGAAAACAUGGUCUUUGAGGACGCGCUGACAAUUCUGAGUUACGCCUCACCCUAUCCAGUGAAUAUCUGCGUUCAAAAACACAAGUCCAAUAUCGCAUACAAAGCGAACGGCUUUGAAAUGCAACUGAGCCAUCCUUUGUAUCGAAGCCAGUCCCUGGACGCCCUUACCAGGAUAAUGAAGGAAUCAUUACCCAAACGAAGCUACAGUGAAUUAAAAUCAGACAAUAAAAAGUCAUUUUCAGUCGCCAAGAAGUCGAACUUUCUCGAAGACAUGAGUUCCUCCAAGUUACGACUUUACACGACGAACGAUGUUUAUGAUGAAAUUCCUAUCUGUACACAAAUCUCAGAGGUUGUCAUUCACGAACCCCCGACAAGUACUUCUGUGCCCCACAAGGAAGACGUCGGUCUGGAGGAGACUUUGUUCGAGAAAAAAAUCGAUCUGCAAGAGAGCGUCAAGUUACGGGAACCGUACAAGCUGCACAUCUUGGAGAACAAAGAUUUGUCCGAGACACUUGAAAGUACACCAAAACCUGGAUCCAACGGGAAAUUCCCACUGUUUGAUUCGGAUGAUUCCAUUUCAAAACUAGACGAACAGAUGGAUAUUCACUUUUCAAACUGCGACAAGGAAUUUGAAGAUUUGAAGCAAAAGGCCAACGAAGAUAAUUUCGAUUUGAAUUUAGAUUUGAACGCCAGAAGAGAACCCGACUCAAAUUCACUGAAUUCUGAAUCCGAGUUUAAGACUUUAGAAAAGAAAAUCGAGUUAUCUUCCAACUUUGCUGACUUGUUUGACGAGUUGACGGAUCAUAACAAAUUUCCUGAUUUGAAUCUAAGUUUUGAUGAUUUUCCAAGUAAAGUAACCGAACCGAAGGAAGAUAAAAUCUGCUACAAAUCAAAGAAUUCAAAUAUAUUCUUAACGGCAGAACACUCGACAAACCAGACGACUAAAAUUAAUCCAGCUGUAGAAAGGAAGGACGAUCCAAAGCCUGUAAAAUCUUUUAACCCCAGUUCGUCACAUGUGUCUGCGAUGAGUAUACAAAAUCCUCCCGAUUGGGAAUAUUCCAAACAAGACGUAAAACCCGCCUCCACCGAUUCGAUUUUAAAAAACAACGAAACAGACGGGCUCCCGACUCUUCCCAAGCGAGUGGAACGUGUCGGUGAGAUGAGAGAAAACUGUUUAGAAAAAGCGUUACCGAAAGCCGAUCUAGAAUUGAAGUGGGUUCCGUCUUCAGAAACAAAACAACAAACGAUUGGUACACCGGCAUUUAAUAAAAACGACAGCGCUCGUGAAAAUGCAGAAGAUCUGAAAGCCGUCAGUGAAAACAAACUGUCAGCGAUCAGAAACUGUGACGCUAACCUUCAAGCUUCACCCUUGACCUCUAAACUGUUUUUGUCCGGUUCGAAUCCGAGUGUCGAAAGCACCUCAAACAAUGUCGAAAAUAAAGCCCAAGAAACGAUACCAGAUAUUUUGAGAGCAAGCUCUCCUUCCAACUCUGACAUCGUGAAACCCCAAGGCAAGUUGGACUCGCUACUUUCAAUGACAAAAAACGACGUCCAUUCUUCUCUUUUGAAACCUGAAUUGAAUCUAAACGGUAUCACCUCUUCUCCUCUAAAACCGGAAGUAACGACCGACGGCGUCGAUUCUUCAUUUUUUAAAUACGAAACUAAGAUACAAAAAGCUGAUCUAUCGAUUUUGAACCCGGAAACUGAAACAACUCACACUGAGUCCUCCAUUUUGUUGCCAAAAAUCGACACAAAAGAUGAUGACACGCUUUCAAAGCUUGACGCUGCGAAUUCUUCAUUUUUAAAAUACAAACUGCAGACGGAAGAGACAGGUUCUUCCAAAUUAAAAACAGAUGUCAAUAUAAACAGCACUGACAGGGACUCUUUGGAAUAUGGCGUCAAUACAGAUGAUAUCAAAUUUUCUCUUUUGAAAACGAACGAACUGAGUACAGAUAAAAUUAACCCUUCAAUCUUAAAAACAAAUUCAAAAGCAGACGACACUGAUUCUACGACAGAUUCAAAAGAUAGCGAUUCAAAUGCAGACGAUACUGGUUCGACACUUUUGAAUUCUGAAAUGAAUACCGAUAUAUUUAGUUUAGCGUCUCUGAAACCUGCAGUACAGACCGAUGGACUUCCUAGUGAACGUUCGGAACUAGCCUUUACUGACAACGUGUUUCGAGCCGAAAAGAAAAUCUUGUUUACAGAGCCAGUCAAAUUUCAUAUAGCGUCGAACAAAGAGAAGACCAAAUCAGCCAAUGAAAAGUCGGCGCUAGAAAUUUCUAAGAUGGAAGUUCAGAAAGAAGGCAUCGAUCAAAGUCGUGAGACUAGCUCUCCAUUACAGACGACAGAGGAACUAAAGGAACAUCAGAGGUCGGGCAGGUUGACACCGUACAAAUACCACUUGAAAGACUUUCAUUUGAAAAAUAUCAGUCUGGGCGCUGAUGAUUUGAUAAAUGAAAGAAACAAUGGCAUGCAAGACAUCUUGCUCGAUGACAGUCGUUCAGAAAAUGAAGCCGAAGAUUCCAUUCGCCCAGUUAGCAUCACGCACGAAGAAUCGUCUUUCACACAACCGAUCCUGAAACCAAAUGCUCUUCUGCCAAAGAGGAACUUGGACUUUACUAAAGACACCGCCAGCCAGCAAGCUGAAGUUUCCCAAAACGAUUCCAAUGACCGAGACAAAUCGUCCUCGGAAGAAAGCUCUUUGGAGUCUGAAAGCGAGGAACAAAAGUCUGAUGUAAGAACAGAUAAAAACGAUAAGGCUCAUUUCAAAAUGUCCUUAUUCAAAAGAAUUCGACAGGAGAGUCUUACAACGAGCAGUUCAGACAGCGAGGAAGAUGGGACAGUUGUUAGCAAGAAAAGCUUGCCAGAUAAUUUUCUAACCCAACCUCUGAAAUUUGAAUCUGUGGAGAAAAACGCGACCGUAAGCACACGAAGUUCUGAGAGCUCUUCUGGUCGGGACUAUAAACUCCACUCUCUGUCAGUAGAUGUAGACAAACACCAGCGUGAUUUGAUGGACAGGGAGACCACUCCAACUCCAUCGUUGAAUCUUCUAAAUAAUGAUAGUGGAGAAGAGGAAGAGGCGGAGACAGAAGAAAACCACGAGAAAAAAGACGAAGCGUUUUUUGAAAUGACCGAAGAUGAAUUAUCGACUGACACCCAAAGUCUCUCACCCAAAAGUGCAGUCACUCGAGCCGUUUCUUGCGACGGGGGCUUCGUCACUUCUGACGACAGUGACUUAUCGAAACCUCGAUCAAAUUCCUUGAAGCAAGAAAUACAGCUCCCUGGUCACGAAGACAAUUACAUAAAUUGGUCCGGUAAACGCUUGGCGAGGGCAGAAUCAUUUUCUGAGUUACAAGAUCCCGACCGCGUCUGGACUGAGUCUGACCACACGAAAGAUGAUAAGGGCGAGUCAGAUAGCGACUGUGAGUCCAACAAUGACGGUGUCACUCAAUACGACCUGUACAAGCCACGUGAAAACCUCACCCAGCUAUCCCAUUCCUGUUCCAGUUCGUCAAUUUCUUCGAAUGAUACAAAGACGAGCGGUGAAAGAGGCAACGACUCUGAAACGUCCCUGGAGCCGAUAGACUUGAAAUUCGCUCUUCCUUUCUCGGAGUCCAACCACAAAACUGACCUUUUGCGUCCACGAGAGGAGGACAAGAAAGUCGUUUGCACAAAUUACGAAGGAAAUGCAAAUAAUUUCUCUCUCCUUUUUUUCUCUCUCUCUCUCUCUCUCUCUCUCUCUCUCUAUCUAUCUAUCUAUCUAUCUAUCUCUAUCUUUUAG